GAAUCCAUUCAAGGUACGACUUCCGACGUGUGCUACCGACACUGCUGCUGAACAUAGCGAUGCGUUUGAUAAAAAAAUAUUUUCAAAUAAUUUCCCAAAUUUGCAAGUGGGCUUUUGUGCACGUUGCCGUGUGCGUUGUUGACACGUUCACUCCCCUGCAGCUACCGGAAGUGGUGCGGUCCGAUAGUAUUGAAGGCAAAACUGGGAAGCUGUUUGUUUUUAGCGAGAAAAAGAAGACUGCUGAUACUGCGACACGGGAUUUUUAAUCAUUUUAAGUGAGGUCGUGGCUGUUUGAAAUCGGAUCGCUUCAACAGAACAGUUUCGUAAGCUCGCCAUGGCUCUGUGCGGUGGUGUCGGAGCCAUGGCUUUACCAAGCGAGCUAAUCGUCCAUAUAUUCUCCUUUCUGUCCGACCGAGACAAGCUUCGGGCCUCGGCCGUUUGUUCGCGAUGGCGGGAAUGUCUGUUCUAUCCUGCCUUGUGGACGGAACUCAAACUACGAAUAGGUGGCUCCGGCUCUGAGGAGACCCUGAGGUUGGAGUUCCUCAUGCGAAAGUUCGGCGCUUUCGUGCGGGAGCUGCGGCUGGAGCUCGCCCCCACGGAAGUCAGCCUCGGUUCCCUCAACAACGAGCCAUCGUCCACCACAGCGGACCUGCCUGCCAGUCCUGACAACGACCAGCAGCUCUCCAAGCGAUGGCGAGAUGCCAUGGCUGCCUACUUGGACCAGGUGUUGUGUGUCUUCACCAGCAUCAGCAACAACAGGAACCUUCAGAGGUUGAGUCUAUAUGGUGACACCUGUGCUCUCCAACAGGAGGGACUCCUGGACAGCUCCAAACUGCAUCAGAUUCAUCAGGGCCACAACAAAAUCAACGAGAUCCAGCGGUUGUUCAGAGAGUUGUUGUCCAACAGCAGGCAGCUGAGGUGGUUGUCCUGUAGCUUCAUGCUUGGUCUGGUGACUCCCACCUCUUUAGCGUGCCUGUCCAAUCUUUCCUCUGAGACCUUGCAGCACCUCAGCUUACUAGACCACCAGCUCGGUCCACUCAUUUCACCAUCAGAGUUGGAACGUCUUUCAUCUCUUCAUUCUCUGGCUCUUGAUUUCGCUGAUCUGACAUCUGAGCUUUGUGGCCUACUGGCAUCGCCCCAUCGCACUCCGCUGCAUCGUCUCUCCCUACUGCUCAAUGGUGCCACUCUAGAAUUAAAAUCAUUAGAAGGAACUGCCACAGAGGACGAUUGGAAGGCACUGGUACGAGUGAGUACCAACUUGCGAGUGUACAUCAUGGCCAUGGAAGUCAACAGUUUGGAGCUCCUCAGGGUUCUAAAGCCAAGCCUUCCACUGGAGCGCAUCCACCUGGACAGUUACAACACACUGGUGACCGAUGCCACCCUGGAGCUCAUUGCCCAGCAAUACAACAAGACACUGACGCACUUCCUUUUACUGAGGGAUGACCCAGAAUUUCCAGACCUCAGUGUGAAUCGCAAUGAAGAUCCAUUGGUCCUCUUAGCUUGGAGAUGCACUCAGCUGGCGGUGCUGGUGAUACACGGCUACACGGUGUGGUCUCACAACUUGGUGGCGAUCUCCCGACUGCGUGGCUCCAGCCUCCGUGUCCUGACCGUGUCUGAGGAGAGCAUCGACUUUGACCCCGACCAGCCGGUGUAUUUGGAAGGUGAUCCGGUUCAUAACCUGGUAAAAGAGGUCUCACAGGGCCUGGGCCGUGUAUGGCACCCUUGCUUGGAUUACAGCCUGGUUUUGACUGAACCCACCCAGCACUUCCAUCACGAGUUGCAAGCCUUCAGCAUGGGCAUGUAAACAACGCGUCUAAUUAAUAAGAGUGUGGCCCCAACCUAUGCUAAGACCAGGCCAGACCAACCACCUGCCCCCAAAACCCACAUAUCUCAAGUAGAUCUUCACUAUAACAAAUGACAUAAUUUGUUGUUAUUUUAUCUUUUCCGAUCUCCAUGUACAGUUUUAGCACACAAACCAUUUCCAAAAGGUGUCUAGUUUUCCUGAUUAGUUCUAUAAUCUUUGGAAUCUUGGAAAACUUGUAGUCGCCGCAAUAGUUAAAUGUCUUUCCUGUAUUUCAUGGACCAGUCUGGUCUGGUCUUGCACAAAGAAUCUCAAGAGCCAUUGCAUGAUGUGUCUUUUAUUUUCAUUUUUUGGCUCUCUUUUUUUAUUACCCCCCACCCAGUUUAGUGUGUAAUCGUAUAUUUUUCCUUUAUGGUGUUUCCUUCACCUGUACUGGCUUUGUGCGUAUUUAAAUAUUAGAACACGACAGGACAGGCAGGCUGGUUGAGUAUGAUUUAGUAGAAUAUUAAGCUCUGUGUGUGUGCGCUCAGACACAAGCUUAGGUUUGAAGGUUUUACUCUUUUUUUUUUUUUCUUUUCUUUUUUUUUUUUUAACUAUGGCUUUGUGUCUGUUUCAUUCACUCCAGAAAAAGUUGUGCAGAUCAAUCACUUCCUGGGAAACAACCUUAACUGGUGCUUUGAAGGAGCACCUUGUGCACAUGUCUACUACUUGGAAGAACCUUGGCAGCCAGUGUGCGCAUUAGAAAUGUAACAUUGCUCUGUUUGAAGGGCAACCAUCAUGCCUCCUGAUUCUUGGCCAUCCUUUGCAGCUGGCAAAGGUUGCUUUUCACGGUCAAAACGUCUUAUCGGGGAGAUGUCGCACCUUAAUAGCGGAGUUCUGCAGAUUGUUGGUAGAGGUUUGAGUCCAGCACACUUUUCACCUUGUCAACUAAAUAAGCUGUCCCCUGUCUUCCGGUGGUCGUCCGUAGCUCAUACACCCUUUUUCCAUGAGUUGUGUCCCCCUUAAGUUGACACUUUUAAUAGUUCUUUGUACGUUUUUGUUGUACUUGAAUGCCAGCGUACUAAGGAAGGAAACAAUAUACCAAUAAGGUGCAGCUUGGGUGGCUGUGAACCCGAAGUUGUGAUUCGGAACAAGGAAAGAAAAGCGAUGCACUGAAUGUACCAUGGCGAAUAAUUUUUGUUCAAUUCCCGCAAAACUUUGGCCUUGUUAGUUGAGGUGGAAUGAUUAGUAGGUAGAGAAAAAGGCACCUAUUUUUUGAGUGGUCUGAUGACCAUGGUGACACGUUUUCGUUCCGUCUCAGGUGAGCUGUUACGUCCCUUUUUGACUGGGACACUGAUGGAUAUCGGUGUGUGUAAAAAAACAAGCCCUUCUUUUGCUAAUGCUAUUUUUUGGGGUCACAGUUGCCUUGAAAAAUAUUUUCCUCUGGAAAUGGUUAUCAAUUGGAUGUUUUGCCAUCUGGUAAUCAUUCUGCUUUGAUGAAGGGUCAUUGAACCUAAUGUUACAUUUGUUUUUGAAGAAUUAGGUCGAUAGAAGUGUCGCGAUGGAGGGUCCGUCAAUAAAAUAGCAUGCUGUAACUUGGUGAUAUCUGAAGUGAAUGUAGUGGAUUUCAGGGUAUUGUGUGUCGUACGCGUUGUCUGGGUUCUUGCCUCUUCCUCAGCCAUAGAGGCACGACAAUCUGUAAUUGGAGUCCUGUGAAGAAGCCAGGCAUUGUAGACCGAAUAUCGUUCGAAGGUUUUGUACCGGUAAUAGCAAAGGUGUUUUUUUUGUUUUUUUUAACACAAGUUAGAGCAACGUUUCCCUCCUAAAUGGCCUCAUCUUACGUAUUGGUGUACCUGAAGGUCUAUAUCAAGGUGUCUAUAUGUUUACGUGGUAAACUUUCAAGGUCCUGGUCCAAUUGGUUUUGCUGAUGAGCCUUUUGGCUGCCAAUAGUUUGCUGCAUGAGACAAUGAUGGUUGAGCCAUAAGAAACUCUUGGUCUUGGUCCAUAACUCAGGAUUGUUGCACUUUUGGAGCCAAGAGGUUUUUAAGGAUGUCUAUGGCUUCUACAUAUAUACACUCGAAGAUGGGACAGCACAACCAGCAAAAGCGCAUAUUCCGACUAAAAUCACACAUUUUAGAUUAUAUGUCAAUUUAUUUUUGCUUUUAUUUUGCAUUUUAGCUUGUGUAAUGUUUGUACAGUGACAAGACAUGUGAAAUUAAAGCAAUAUAUAUUACAGAAUAUAAAUAUUUUCCUUUGACACAAAAAAAACAACCACUUUAUUCUUGCUAAGAUAAAUACAA